AUGGCUCUAGCUGCGAUCCGCUCAAGUCGCAACCUCGGGCCUUUGACUAGGCGCCUCCGCCCGACCAGGCGAAGCAUCGCGACGGCCACGGCACAAGCACCCUCAUCGGCCAGCCUCGAUCAACUGCCACACCAUGUCGGCCUCAACGACAGACGACAAGCUAUCAAGCAAGCAAAACCCUUUUCCGACUUUCUGACCGACAAGUACAACCGCCAGCAUGACUACCUGCGCAUCAGCGUCACGGAGCGUUGCAACUUGCGUUGUCUGUACUGCAUGCCCGAAGAGGGGGUCCCGCUUUCGCCGCAGAAGCAUCUUCUCACCACUCCUGAAAUCGUCUACCUCUCCGAGCUCUUCGUAAACCAAGGCGUCACCAAGAUUCGUCUGACCGGAGGCGAGCCAACUGUUCGGCCCGACAUACUACCCUUGAUGCAACAGAUUGGAAAUCUCAAGACCAAGGGACUGCGCGAACUUGCCCUGACCACCAACGCCAUCUCAUUACACCGGAAGUUGGACAAAAUGAUCGAAGCUGGUCUGACUGGCGUCAACAUCAGUCUCGACACUCUAGAUCCCUUCCAAUUCCAGAUUCUGACUAGACGGAAAGGCUACGACGCCGUCAUGAAGAGCAUAAAUCGUGUAUUGGAGGUGAACAAGCUGGGUGCUGGCGUCAAAUUAAAGGUCAAUUGCGUCGUCAUGCGUGGCAUCAACGAACGCGAGCUCGUCCCCUUCGUCGAGAUGGGCCGGGAGAAAGACGUCGAAGUCCGCUUCAUCGAGUACAUGCCUUUCGGUGGCAACAAAUGGAGUGAGCGCAAGAUGUUGACCUACCAGGAGAUGCUGGACAUCAUCCGUGAGAAAUACCCUGCGCUUCGCUCCGUGAAGGGCCAUCUCAACGACACAAGUAAGACAUACGAGAUCCCAGGCUUUGUCGGCAAGAUUGGUUUCAUCACCAGCAUGACGCAUAACUUCUGCGGUACCUGCAAUCGCCUACGCAUCACGGGCGAUGGUAACCUAAAGGUAUGCCUUCAUGGUAAUACCGAGGUUUCGCUACGAGACCUCAUGCGAAAGAACAACAAUAAUGACCCUAUGGAUGAGCAAGCCUUUGAGGCUGUGAGGGAGAUGGAGAUGAACAGACGCCAAGGGCUGCCUACAAUAGACUCAAGACCAGGCUGGAUUGAGCGAGAGACGGAGCUACUCAAUCUCAUCGGAGAGGCAGUAAAACGCAAGAAGGAAAAACAUGCUGGCAUGGAGGAACUACAAAACAUGGAGAAUCGGCCCAUGAUACUUAUUGGUGGGUAG